AUGGGGACGCCGGCGCCGGCGAUGAUGCCGAUGGAGGACCUUGAGGCGGCCAUCGCCGAGCUCCCUGCCAAGAAGGACGCCCUGCGCGAGGCCUUCGACAGCCUCGCCGCCUGCUCGCCCUACCCGCUCCCCUUCACGUGGGAGGACCUCGACGCGCACGUCUCCUCCGUCCAAUCCUCCAUCUCGCGCCGGUUCCGCCAGCUCCGGGCGCUCGAGGCCGCGCGCCCAGGCAGCACUAGUAAGAAUAAGGAAGGUGCUAACGAGGUGGAAGAAGAAGAGGUGGAGGAAGAAGAGGAGGAGGUGGUGGUGGAGGAAGAAGAAGAAGAAGAGGUGGAGGAAGAAGAGGAAGAGGAGGUGGUGGAGGAAGAAGAAGAGGAAGAGGAGGUGGAGGAGGAAGAAGAAGAGGAGGACGAGGAAGAGGAGGAGGAGGAGGAAGAGAACGACAAGCAGAUGAAGGAGGCCGACGACUACAUUGGCAAUCAAGCCAAGGAAGAUAAAGAGGGCGGCAAGGAUAACAAGCGCAAGCAGGAUGCUGACGAAGAAGCGAUCAGAAGAACAACACUGUGA